AGCAGUCUUUUCCCUCUUCGUCAUCAAGCCCUAACCCUCGCCUUUCCAUAGCCGGAAAAUAUACCGGAAUAUUAUCGUCACAGUGAUUUGUUGCCGGAAUCUGACAUCAUGGUGGGCCCAGCAUUUGAUUGCUUGGCUAACCCCCUUGGGUCCGUUCGCGUAUUGUUUGAGAAGGCCAUAGAGUCCGGCCGGAAUCCGGCAAGCCUCAGCCGGGCUGAUUUUACAGGCGAAGUUUUCCGGCGUUUCCUUUUCGAGGAAGGGGGACUAUCUCAUGUACCAAUUCUGGAUUCAGUAAACUUGCUAGGGAUUCCACCAAAUUCCCUUGUUCGAUUUGUUGGAAUGGUACAAGAUAUGUUCGAUGAUGAAUACUAUGUUGGUGCAUUUAAGGAUGGUUCAACAUGGAGAACAAACAAGUACACAGAUGUUUCUUCAUUGCCGAUGGGUCCUUCAUCUGAAAUGCACCUCUGGGAUCGGCGUCUCCUCUAUUGCGUUCCUGUUCCAGGGCAGAAUUCAUGGUUCAAGGCAGCCUUCACACCCAUAAAUUCAUUAAGGGGUCAUUCUAGUGUUGUCUCACAUCAAAGAGAGAAGCGUCCAAGAGAACCUGAUUCCAUGGAUUUGGAAGUUGAUGGCUCUGAUCCAGACUUGGCCUUGUCGUCCCAUGCCAAGAAAACGAGGGAAGAAGGGAGUUCUUGUAGUCAAUCAUCGGAGGCACUUGAGAGUAAUCUUGCCGACUGCAUGUCAUCGAAUUUUGAUUCCAGCUCUCUUCCCUGUCUAGUUAAGAUAUAUGAUGGGCCAGAUGUGGAUAUUAAGCUUAACGAUAUCUUUGAGUUUAUCGGAGUUUUCACUUUUGAUCCGGAGUUAGUUAAUCACAAUAGCAACCACGAUGAACUCUCUGAUGCGUUAUGUGAAGAUGUAUUGGCUCACUUACCGCCCAGUAAGGUUCCAAGGCUCCAGUGCAUAAUCUCCAGGAGAUUGGCCCUCCUAGACCUUAUCUCUACGCCCUUGGGACUUCAGCCUGGUCAAGAGUUGGUUAAGGGGAUCCGAGAAGCUCUUCUACAAAGUCUUACCUCUGUUCUUGGUAAUGAUGGGCUUGCAGCAAAAUACUUGUUGCUGCAUUUCUUAUCACAAAUACACACAAGAAUUGAGCCUGUAGCUGUGGGGAAGCUCUCUCUUAAUUUAACUGGUUUCAACAAGAAGAACAUGGGACUCUUUGGCAAGUCACUUGAUAAUGCAAUUCAAUGUUUGCUGCCCUUCUCGGACUCCAUUCCUCUCUCAAUCGAAUACCUUAAUACCACGUCCCUUGCACCAAAGAAGAAUUAUCAAACAAAUCGACUAGUCACUGGAGCUUUGCAGCUUGCACAAGGCACCCACUUAACCAUUGAUGAGACUGAGUUGAAAGCGGGCACUCUUAAUGCAACUGGAGUUGAUAAUAUCAGGAUACUUAAACAAUUUCUUGAUUUUCAAAGGGUGGAGUAUGAGUUUGAGUAUUAUAAGGUGGCAAUGGAUACCGAUGUCCAGGUUCUGGUUCUCUCAGAGGCGAAGUCUAACAUAUUGCCUGCUGAUCUCGUGCUACCAUUCCGGCCAGUUGAAGUUGGGUCCUACCUUAAUGCCAGCUCCUCAGAACUGGAAGCUUGGCGCUGGUACCUAAGUACCCUCAGAUCACAUCGGUACCAUACAAUUGAUCCUGCCAUGCAAAAGGUGGUUCAAGAUGACAUGGUUGCAGCAAGGCAAGCAGACAGGAGCUUGGGUACAGAGGAAUUAAGCAGGUGGUUGGCAAUGGCUCGCUUAAUGUCAAUAAGUUAUGGGGAAAACAGCCUGAAACCAGAGCACUGGCAAAUGGUGAAAGAAAUGGAGAAGCUCAGGAAAGAGCGAUUGGUAUAGAAAAGCCUUGUAGUAAGUGCUCAUGAUGUAGAGAGAGAUUGAUAGUCCGUUUGUCUCAGCCAUUUAGUGCUGGAAAAUGCGGUCUCUGUGCUGUUUUUUUGCCUGAUCCUCACUAAGCUUGAAGUUUUCCAGUCAGCUUACAUGUUUCCUCUCAAGUGCGAUUGGUAUAGAAAAGCUUUGUAAUAAAAGCUCAUGAUGUAGAGAGAGAUUGAUGGUGGGUUUGACUCAGCCAUUUAGUACUGGAAAAUGUGGUCUCUGUGCUGUUUUUUUGCCUGAUCCUCAUUAAGCUUGAAGUUUUCCAGUCAGUUUACAUGUUUCCUAUCAAGUGAUGCCCAAGUGAUAGGGAUGGCCCUUGAUUUUAUUAAAACUAGAAGUCUAGAAUUGCCCAUUUAGAUUAUUUAACAAGCGUUGAAAUAUAUGUAUAUAAACAUUUUGGCACGAGUGCUAAUCAAAUGCUUUCUCCAUUGAUUUC